AAAAAAAAGAAAGAAGAAAGUUUCAGAGAGAACAACAUUCCAGGAAAACCACCUCAAGAGACAAGCAUACACAUACCGGAAAGCAUUCAAGCCGACAUCCAACACUCCAUACACACAAACACUCAAAACAAACGAAAGGACAACGAUGAGCUUCUUACGGAUCCUGACACUCAAGAAAUCGCUAUCGAUCGGCUUGAACAAUGCCCGGGAAACGGUCAUCAAACCUUCAUCCGUGACCAAACCCAUCUUCCUUCGUUCCUUUCACGAUACCCGAUUUCUUCAACAUGGCGGCAAAGGGAGACCAGAACCAGGCACCGGGAUCAAGGUGUUCUUUAAAAAUCAUAAAGGAGAACUGAUCAAGGAAGUAGAAGGAAACGAGGGCGAUGACAUGGUGGACUUAUCGUGGGAAUGGGACCUAGAUAUCGAAGCUGCUUGCGAAAAAUCGAUUGCUUGUUCAACUUGUCAUUGUAUCUUUGAACCGGACGUUUACAACCAACUACCUGAGCCCAGCGAAGAUGAGGAAGACAUGCUCGACCUCGCAUUCGGGCUCACCGACACAUCUCGGCUGGGCUGUCAAGUCAAGCUAACAAAGUCCAUGGACGGUACUACCGUCACAUUACCUUCGGCAACAAGAAAUUUGAGGGUCGAUGGAUCAAAGCCCUCGCAUUGACAGCCCUUUUCCUUCUUCGUUUCUUUUCUUCCAAAGAUCCCCUCCAUAUCCCAGCCCUUUUGCUCCGUUUGAUUUUCUUUUUUUAUUCAUAUAUCUUCUCUCUCAAAUUCUUCAACUAAUAGAAAUACAAAUCAAAGUCAAAAGCUUCUUGAGUCCUUCUAUACCUUUGUGAAUGAUUGUCCUCGGACAUUUUUUUUUCCUAUUCUUGUUGUUACCGCAUGGUCCCGCCCCUGGGUCUACUUGUACCUUCGUGAAUAUCUGAACUUGCCGUUUCCUUUUCCAUUCAAUCUGGCCUUUCUUAUUGAUACCCCAUGCUCCCGCCCUGGGAUUGUGACGUAGGGGUUAGGCUCUAUGUUCCAAGAAAUAUCCUGAUGGUG